AUGACCGCCACAUCACGCGAUCCGGAAAAGGAUUAUUUUCCGCCGGAAGAAAUUCCCAGCCGCAGUGAGGAGCAAAGCCAAUUGAGCGAUAGCGAAGACGAAAUUACAGAGGUUGGUCGGAAUGGGGAACGGUCCCGCAAGUCUGCCGAGGCCGAGGCCGAGUCCGAUGCGGAAGGUUACCCGUCGGCCGGCGGCACCGGCGACGACGUACCGGCCAGAACGCGGUCCCGGGCCUCCUCCACCCGCUCCCGCGCUCUUUCCAUCGUCGCCAGGUCGAAACGGCGAGGACUUUUUGCACAGCUCACCACCAUCCCGGAAGUGGAUAAUCCAUACCUCUAUACCAACAAGACAAAAUGGACAAUCACCUUGAUCAUCGCUCUUGCUGCAGCCGUCUCGCCCAUGGGCUCAUCCAUCUUUUAUCCCGCCCUCACCGAAAUGUCCAAGGAAUUCGGCGUCACGCCGACAAUCACCAAUCUCUCUGUGGCAUUCUACAUGCUAGCAAUGGCAAUCUUCCCGCUCUGGUGGUCCUCCUUCUCAGAAACUCUAGGCCGCCGCAACAUCUACCUCCUCUCCUUCACCCUCUUCGUCAUCUUCUCCAUCCUCAGCGCCGUGAGCGUCAACAUUGAGAUGCUCAUCGUCAUGCGCCUCUUCGCCGGCGGCGCCAGCGCCAGCGUCCAGGCCGUCGGCGCGGGAACCAUCGCCGACAUCUGGGAGCCGCGCGAGCGGGGCCGCGCCAUGAGCAUCUUCUACCUCGGACCGCUUACGGGCCCCCUCCUCGCGCCCAUCAUCGGCGGCGCGCUGGCCCAGAGGUUCGGAUGGCAGUCGACCAUGUGGACGCUCGCCAUCUAUGGCGGUCUCGUCCUCGUCAUGAUCCUCUUCUGCCUGCCCGAGACCCUCGCGCGUCCCAGGCCCACCCCGGCACCGCCCCAACUCACGUCCCACGCAGCAUCCGAAGGAGGAGGCGAAAAGAUUGCGCUGUCCCGGACCAAGACGACCGAAUCGGUCAAAGUCCACUCCAAAAAAGCAGCAGCUUUCUUCAAAAAGUCCUUCAUCGACCCCUUGUCCGUACUCCUCUACCUCCGCUUCCCCCCGGUCGCCAUCACAGUCUGGUUCGCCGCAAUCACCUUUGGCGCCCUCUUUGUCGUCAACAUCUCGGUCCAGGCCACCUUUUCACAAGCCCCCUACGGCUUCAGCGAGCUCAUCGUCGGCCUCUUUUACUUCCCCGCCGGCCUGGGCUACUUCCUCGCCUCCCUGCUCGGCGGCCGCUGGCUCGACGUCAUCAUGGCGAGGGAGGCUCGCAAAGCCGGGCGCUACGACGCCGACGGCAAGUUGAUUCUGCUGCCCGAGGACAGGAUGCGCGAGAACAUUUGGAUCGCGGCGACGGUGUACCCCGCGUCGCUCAUCUACUACGGCUGGGUGGUCGAGAAGGGCCUGUUCUGGUUUGUGCCGUGCAUCGGUCUCUUUACAUUUGGCGCCAGUUCGAUGCUUGUCUUUGGCGCCGCCACAACCAUGCUAACUGAAUUCCUGCCCAAACGGAGCUCUGGCGGCGUGGCGGUCAAUAACUUUGUCAGAAACAUCUUUAGUUGUAUUGGUGCGAUUGCAGCGCAGCCUGUCAUCAACGCCAUUGGCAACGGGUGGCUUUUCACGAUCCUGGGCAUCUUUACGUGGGUCUCGGGCUACAUUUGCGUCUGGACCCUCAGGAGGAAGGCCCCCGAGUGGAGGAAGAGCAUGGACGCGGCAUUGAAUAAGUAA